AUGGCAUUCAGACCACCAGCGUUCCAUGGAGGCACAGAUGCAGCAGCAGCGGAGAAUUGGAUGAUAUCGAUAGAGAAGCAUCUUCGAUCUAUUGGUUGUGCAGACGACCGACGAGUACAACUUAGCACAUUCCUAUUUAGAGGUGAUGCCGAGAGAUGGUGGGAGACUACCCGCCAGAGGUUUGCAUGGGUCAAGGAACAGAAAGUUUAUGAGUUCGUUCAAUUGGUGCAAGGUACUAAUACAGUGGCCCAGUAUAAGGCAGAGUUUACAACCCUGUCUCGAUAUACUCCAGAUUUGGUAUCCACUGAAGCAAAGAAGGCCGCCAAGUUCCAGAGAGGAUUGCGUGCAAAUAUCCGACAUACUUUUGGAGGAGCUCUGAGUGUGGAUUAUGCCACGGUAGUCCAGCGAGCGUAUACUAUUGAGUGGGACCGCAAUGAGUGGAGAGCAACACAAGCAGCUAAGAAGGGCACAAGUACAUCUCAAGGUUCAUCCAAUAAUAAGAAGAAGAAGUGGACAGUUGGACAAGGAAAUAAGAUAGAGAAUAAUCCACAAUGUGGUCAGUGUGGAAGGAAGCACGGGGGAUCGUGCCUAGCUAGGAAGAACGUAUGUUCCCAGUAUGGACAAGAAGGGCAUAGGAAGAAAGAUUGCCUGAGAAAUCAAGCAGCACUCCCCGCACCAGAGGUGACUUGUUUCAGGUGCAGACAAAAAGGACACAUAGCUAAUCGGUGUACACAAUCGCCCCAGAAUAGAGGUCAGCAGGUGAAUCAGAGGCCACCAGUAGCUAGAGGGCCAAGAGCACCUAUACCCGCAGUACCAGUAGCUUAG